CUGUGAGUCUCCCUUACUACAAACCUGUCGCUGAAAGUUGGAUGGUCACUUACGGUACUCGCCAAACAGUUCAGAAAUAAACAAAAUGGCAGCCUCAUCAUCACGAGCCACGCGAUCCAGCGCAUCCGCCGCAUCCAAGAAAAUUGCUUCACAAUUGAAGUCGGAUGGCAACAGUCCAGAAGCCGCCACUAGAGUCGCAGCAAAGCGUCGCCCUGCACCCCGCCACGACGCGUCGGAAAGCGACGCGACGGCCCAGGAGGAGAGCGAUGAGCCUGCGCCAAAGCGACGAAAAUCACAACCUUCGAGAGCGAAAAGCAAAGGCGUCGCCACACAGCUGCACCAGCGCCUUUUUGGCACAGCGGAGAGAACGGUCCACCAGCCUUGUGUCCCUCCGACACGCCGGCACAAUGUGAGCUACCACCGGCCCGCGCUCCUGGACGACGUCGCAUCCCGCCAAGCUCUCCUCGCCUGGUUUGACAGCGUGAGCACCAAGCGCAACAUGCCCUGGCGCAAAGCAUGGAUCAACCCGGAGGAGCACACAAACGCCGUCAAGUUGCGGGACCUGCUCGAGCGGCGGGCGUACGAGGUUUGGAUCAGCGAGAUCAUGCUGCAGCAAACGCGGGUCGCCGUGGUCAUUGACUACUGGAACAACUGGAUGGCCAAGUGGCAGACGAUUCAUGAGCUGGCCGCCGCAAGCUCCGACGAUGUUUUGAGUGCUUGGCGUGGGCUGGGUUACUACAGCAGAGCGACGAGGAUCCACGAGGCCGCGAAGCUCGUUGUGCAAGACCAGGCCAUGGCUGGCCUGUUGCCCUCUCGUGUGGCAGAUCUCGAGGCAAAGGUACCUGGAGUUGGUCGCUAUACUGCUGGAGCUAUCUCGGCCAUCGUGUUCGGGCGGGCUGUGCCCAUGGUCGAUGGCAAUGUCUUGCGUGUCCUCAGCAGGCAGCUUGGUCUCUUGGGGAAUGUGAAAACGGACAAGCUUGUCAUCGACACGCUGUGGGCGGCUGCCGCUGCGCUAGCCAAAGCCGUCGCGCAAGAUGGAACUGAAGACGAGACCGAAGACAGCGUGAGCAAUCGGCCCGGGAGAUGGGGACAGGCGCUCAUGGAACUCGGGAGCACGGUUUGCACACCUAAGCCAAACUGCGACCAAUGCCCCAUCAGCUCAACAUGCCGCGCAUACGAAGAGGGAAAGAUGCUGGCGUCUGCGAACCGCAAGACCGAGGUGAAAGACAUCGAAGACUUGUGUGAUCUCUGCGAAACUUUGGAAGAGUCAACAUGCCUCGAAGGAGAUGGGGAUGCGAAGCCCAAGACUAAGCCGACCCCCAAGCAAAGCAAACAGAUGAAACUAUCGGCAUUCAUGUUCAAGGCGCCCGUCGAACAGAAAGCAUCAACAAAACCCGAUACUACUUUGAGCAGUCGGGAUCUGGAGGUGAUAGUGGAUCAUGCCCGGAAAUUCCCCCUCAAGGUCGUGAAAAAGGCCGUGAGAAUUGAGGAGACGCUCGUCUGUGUCAUGCGUCGAAGUGAUGGGCACUACCUCAUCCAAAAACGCCCUGAAAAGGGUCUCCUCGCGGGGUUAUGGGAAUUCCCAAGCAACAUCCUCCAAGACUCGGAUGACAACAGCACCGCAAAGCUGCGACGGACGAGGGCAACCGAUUUUAUGUCGGAUUUGAUCACCAAGGAUAAGACAUACAAGGGAGCUCGACUAAAACACGUCCGUGAGUUGGGUAGUGUGCCGUGGCUAUUUUCCCACAUCAAGCUCACAAUGCACGUCCACUUGUUCACGUUGGAGACCGACGAUGACUGUGCGGAAGACACUGCGGCCAAAGAAGAUGCCCGGCUGAGAUGGGCGUCACCAGAUGACGUUGAUAGUGAGUCAAUGGGUACCGGUAUGAGGAAAUGUUGGGUACUUGCGAAGGAUUCCGAAUAAGAGCCCAAGGUCGGUAGGAACUAUAGAUGUGUUCAAUGACACAGGAAUACCUGAGCAUUGCUAUCCGCAGUUAUAUGUAAUAAUAUUCACACAAACAAAACCUCUAUAAAUUA